AUGCCGAGCACGACACGCGGCGGCCCAAGACGGCUGUUCUGCUGUGCACGGACAGCUUAUCCUGUCCCCAGCAUCUCGCCAGCGGUCCUGCCCCUGUGUGAUGUUUUCGCGUUGAGGAUGUGGUCUCUCCUUGCGGACAUUACGCGUCUCGCGGCGAGGGUAAUGCUGGCGCACAUGUUUGCCCACUGUGAGGGCCCCCGCGGUGACAUCGUGGAUCGUGAGGCGCAAGUGGCGACGAAGCAGCCGCAAGGCAAACUCCCCUCUUGGCACGUGGAUCACGUCCGCCGCCACCUGCAGAAGGUACGGGAGCAGGACCUGGCCUCGCUCAUCGCGGCCCGACGCGACCACGCAGCCCGCUGUACUGCCGACUUCAUGGCCGUCUUCCCUCUGUCGAGACACCAUACGGAUUAG